UAUUGAUUUGUUAAAGUUUACAUUGCCAUUUGUAGUUAUGAGAAAAUAAAAUAAAAAAAGAAUAAAAAGACUGAAUGAAAAUUUCCGCCGAAGACAAGAAACAGGAGAACCGAAGAUCGACGUGGCGGACAACCUCGCCACUGGUUUCGAAGCGAAAUUCGCCGACCGUCAGAUCCGUUUCUGCAUUAUCCGCUUCUUUCUUCUAGAAGAGCUCUGUUUUGACGACUUCGUUCGAUCCCCAAACAGGGCUGAUGCUAAUUAUGGAGGGUUUUGAUUGAAUCGUCUUCUCUUAUGGGUUCCGGGUCGGAUUCGAGUUCGGGUUCGGAGUCUAGCUCGACCGGCUGGAGCCGGGGUCAUGGCAUGGUCGUGAAGACGCUCGUCCUCAUCGGCGGCGGUCUUCUCUUGAAGCGUCUCACCAAAUCCGCCACUCGUUGGGACCACGCUCGCGUCGUGGCUCGCUCCCUCAGCGGCGAGAAGUUUUCGACAGAGCAAGCAGCCAGAGAUCCUGAUCAUUACUUCAACAUAAGAAUGCUAACCUGCCCGGCAGCUGAGAUGGCUGAUGGUUCAAAGAUUCUAUAUUUCGGACAGGCGUUCUGGAGAUCUCCCGAAAAGCCCUUUCGCCAAAGAUUAUAUAUGGUAAAGCCUUGUCCAAAGGAACUGAAAUGCGAUGUCGAGGUUAGUUCUUAUGCCAUUAGAGAUGCAGAUGAGUAUAAAAAUUUCUGCGACCGUUCAAAGGAUCAACGCCCACUUCCCGAAGAAGUUAUCGGUGACAUGGGUGAACAUUUGACAACAAUGUACCUCAGCUUCUGCGACCGUGGAAAAAGAUGUUUGUAUGAAGGCUCUACUCCACCAGGCGGGUUCCCAAAUUCAUGGAACGGUGCUAGCUAUUGUACUUCUGAUCUCACUGUCCUAAAGAACAAUGAAAUUCACAUCUGGGAUCGCGGCUACGAUGAUGAUGGAAUCCAGGUAUGGGGGCCAAAGGAUGGUCCGUACGAGUUCAAGUCGGCGCCAUCCUCAAUGACUUGUUCCGCCCUUUGAACAUUCCCCCACCACUUUCCAUUGGUAAACCAAUACAAGGAUCCUUCAUCUUGCAAGAACGGUGACUACCCUUUUGUUAUAUGCUCCUUGUAAGUCCACGAAGAACUUGCCUUUAUACUACAAUUACAGCAUCUUUAUAUAGAAAGCUUGGAACUUUUAUUCA